CUACCAGCAACACAUUUGAUAUCAGCCGUCCUCAUAUUGAAGACAUACAAGGACGCCAUGACACGCCUACCCGAUUAUGUUAGCCUACCGGUAGAGGCUCAAGAAGAUGGCUCCGGGGAGACCAUCGAGGAGCGAUGCUUCUCGGCCGCCCUCAUCUGCCUCGAGGGCCACUACACCCAGUCACCCCCUAUGGGACCUCAAACAUCAGCAAAAGUGAGCGCGAUGAUCUCAAAGACCCUGGAAAAGACACACACGCUGCGAAAGGCUCGUGAGGCAAUCUCGAGGAAUGUGGGGAUCUGGAUCUGGCUCACUAGAAUUUUUGCCGCUGCCAUCCCAAGCCUCACGACUCGAUCUGUGGGACCUCUGUCGAGUCUCAACGACCCAGAAAAGGGCGUCACGCCGCAGGAGAGUACGGCCUGCAUCGUCAACCACCAUGCGUCCAUCAAGGAGGACCUCGGAAUCCUCAUCAAGCUCAUGCACAUUGCCCGCAACCUCCUCGUUAAUGCCGAGCCCGAGGUGCCUCAAGAUAUCUGCGCGGCGGUGCAUUUCGACCAAAUGGUUUACCAGACAAUCAUCCUCUGCGUCAACGUUACCAGCAAGGGAUACGACGGCGAGAUUAUCGACGAGAACCAGAGGCUCAAGUUGACCGAUGUCACAGAACUUUACAAGAAGCUGCUUGUAACCUCACUACAACAGGCGCACAACUGGACAGCCAAACAUGAUAGAAACAAGAUGUCUUUCUGGUUCGACGUCCUCUUUGACGACGACGGUGCGCUCUCUGGCCCUGAGGAAGCUAUGGGCGAUGGCUCAGGGUUCCGCCCAGAUGUCGCAAAACGUCAGGUUCAGCACUGGCUUGAUCGCAAUUCCAAGAUGUGUGAUACUGCGAGGAAGCUUCUUAAGGAUUACGCCGAGAAUUACGCAGACAAGCCUCCUGGAAACCUCGCUCCUAUUCGACCCUUGGCUUGGAACUGGCUCCCUGACGGCUCUGUGGAUGUUCCAGCUGAUAUGACCAAUCCUGAGGAGAAGAUCAACCCGAUCUGGAAGCCAGAUGAGUCGGACAAGUUCGAGCAAGACCGCGCGUAUGGCCGCGUCUCUCGAGAGAUCGACACAUGGUGGCUUAAUGCUCGGGACCCCAACUACGAAGACUGGGUGGCUGGAAUGCCCUCUGUAGAGCUUGCCCAGACACGUACGGAGCACUGCCGCAACAACCUGGUUCACCGAUAUGCUCACUCUUGCGGAACAGACCAUUCUCCACCGCCUGGAUGCGAAUGCGACCAUGACCAUGGCCAUCACCAUCAUCACCACCACCAUGAUCACGAGUAUGCUCAUGACUAUGUUGAAGACAUGAUGGACGAUGAAGAUGCCGAUGACGACGAAUCUUAUGGAGAGGGGCCGUUGACUGGCUUGUUGACUGAAGUACCAAAUAUCUUGGAUCCAAAGCAAAUUGAGGCUUUGCACAUGAUUGUCAAGUCUUGUAUUCUGGACAAUGCUGGUUCUGGGCUUACCAGGGCGGGCGAAAACUUGCAAAAGACACGAUGCCGCAUGUUCCUGGCGCUCGAUUGCGGCAAGAGUCUUCUGCGGGAGAUGCUAGUCUUUAUCGCCGUCUGGGAGAAGGAUGAGCAGUCGCUCAUUUUCCAGGUGACAACUCAGAUUGUGGAGGCACUUCAUCACAGCGCCUUGAUUCCCUAUGCGUGGAACUCUCUGCGCAUCUCCAAGGACAUCAUCUCACCUGCACAGACUGUCUUGUUGCGACUUGUCAACCACAUGUUUAGAGCCCGAGUCAACAAUCCUUCUUCCCAGGAGUCAAAGGACAAUGCUCGGGAUAUCAAGCUGGUGCAUUUCUUCUUCAGCUUCUUCCGGAGCCGUAUUGUCCCCGAGUGCGCAGCGCUCAUGCAUCUUCAAGCUCAGAUUCGGGAAGAGAACUGUGACCCGGGUGAUUUUCCCGUGGACAGCUGGGAUAUGGAGCGUGCUAAGGAUGGUCUCGCUCAGUAUCUCGAUUUCCUUACUACGGUUGCCGAGAUGAUGGACACACGGGCCAAGCUUAUUGAGUGGGAGGCUGUUUACGAUCUCAUCACCAUCUUGAGCGGACUUGAGGCUGGAGUACCCAAGAAACCUCUCAUCGAACUUCCAAAGCGAUCACCUCGGAACGAGACUGGUAGCAACCCCAUGGUCGAACGUCCAUACUCUACCGCAGAUGAUGGUCUUCCCCCGUCGCCACCACCGCCACCUUUGCAAGAACCAGCCCACAAGUUUCCCUGGUCUGGAAUCAAGGGUCAGAUCUUCACCAUCAUCGCCACACUUUUGCAGCCGCCUCCUGGACAGAGCAGCCCUGGCAACCCUGAUGUGCAGAUGCAGAUGGUCAAGUACAACGGAAUAGUGCCAUUGCUGAACUGCUGCGCCUACGACGACCACAACCCUUUCGCGAAAGAGCGAGUGACCAUCUGCCUAAAGUGGUUGUUGGAUGGGUGUGAGGCAGCAAAUAACUUCUUCCGCGAGCUCGUCAAUCUUUCACCACCACCCAACCUGAGACCUCCACCUGGAGGUACUACGGUGUCAACAAUAAGGGUCGACGGUAUUCAGGGAGAGGUCAAGGUCCAGGUUCGUUCGGGCACAUCUGCGCCGGGAGCGCAGGACACUGCAGAUAUUGUGGAUGGGACAGCAAGGCUGAACCUCAACCAACCGAGUGGGCGAGGUAGCAUCGAGGACGACUUCAUGGCUUAAUGGAGUUGGCUGGUAGAAAGGGCAGUUCGACAGAGUGAUGGCCUGAGCAGCAAAUCGGAUUUUCAGGGUUAUUGAGGCCGACCAGUUGACAAUGGAUGGGUGCCUGCCCAGUUGGAAAGGGCUGAGUGUCAUCAGCAUACCAUCUCAUGAUGAUCAGGUGUUUCCAUGUGCCCCAUUGCAUUUUGUUCAUAGCCUCGUCAGGCUUCGCUUCUUGGAGGCAUUACAAUGGCCGGGCGGAGUUUUGGGGGCUAGUGUAUGACACUUGUAGAGUCAUGAUGGAGGAAUGGAGACUUACGAAGCUCGACGCGUUCGCGCACAACGCGUGGAUGCAGCAUACUCCUGUUGUAGCAUUUCUGUAUGACGAUCCAAUCAAGUACAAGUUGAACCCU